CAAGUGCCGAGCGGUAAUCUUCUCCUUCUCACUCUGGAGAAACUUUCCUGCAGCGCAAGCCUCUUGGAAUGCAUGUCUGCAGCCGGCGUCCCUUCAACUCUUGUCAAGUGUCUCUAUAUUUUUCUUGACCUGCCUGCUCUUCCAAAUUCGGAUUCUUUAAAGGAUAGGUCACAUUUACAGUGUAAAUUCACCCAGCUCUUGCAGCAUGUUUGUCUGUCGUCAGUGGCUGUUGAGGAAAUGGUCAACACUGACGCCUUACGACACCUUCUAAGUGCGGCAGUGGACCCCUGCCAGUCUGCAAACGCCUUUUGGCGCAAAAGCAGCUGCACGAUUCUUACCACUCUGGCACAGAACUGCUUAACACCGCACGUAAUCCAGUAUAUCCAUGAUGCCGGAUGUAUUACCGAUUACGUGGAGCGGUUGAAACAAAUGCAGCUCCCCAAAGCCGACUCUAUGGAGGCGUUGUCAUCUCUUUUCCAAAUACUGUCUGAAUCUUCGUCGACAACUUCCCACUUGUUGGAUGACUUUCAUGCCGCUGGUGGCUACAGUACAAUCACUGAUUAUUUACUUAAGUACGAAUUGGAGGAGAGUGACGAAGCACAGGUAUUUUGCCAGCGCCUAACCCGCCUCUUGGGUGAUCUCAUCUACGUGGGUUCAAAAGAGUUACGUGCAAAGAAUAGUGCCAUAGUUGAAGUAUUCCAACUUCCCGGCUUUCAGCUUACCAUUCCCAAGGUCAAGGGGGAGGCCAUCCGAAAUAUUCGGGCAAUUGACACAUUGCAAGUGACCUUUGUUCAGGCGCGCUCUGCGAAUCUCUGCAAUGAGUUGUUAGAGCGUAUACGAGAUCUUCACGAGCGCUCGCCGGGGAACUAUUUCAUUCUCGAUAAACAUCAUCUCAUCAGCAGCAUCACUGAGGUAAUCGCCACCAAGCCCGAUUCAGUUCAGAAAACAUUCUUCGAUGUAUUCGCCUCACUUAUUGAACACCUCUGUUAUGUGCCGCUGCAGGAGAUAAGCAGUGUUGCGCUCUUGCUAAGAAACUGCAGGUAUCCCACCUGUCUACAGUACGCCUUCUCCUGUCUGCUUCGUUUGAUUAUCACUUUCCCGACAAUGAAAGAGUUCUAUCGGAAUGUCGGCAUCCUGGAAGUCACCACGCAACACUUAGAGAGAUGCGCUGACACUAUGUUUCGUUUUUCGGACGGUGGAUCUGGUGAGCUUUGGCGAAAUUUUGCCGUUACUUAUCAUGCUACAUUUGACUUUCUUACCUAUUUGGGAUUGGUCGAAGCAAGGGAAAUCAUGUUGUUUCUAUCAACUUCACUCAUUUCCGCUUCUUCUCUCAAUUCAGGCGCUACUUCUACUGCCGCAUUGACUGUUCGCGAACCCUCCUUCUAUGAUCUAACGGAUCAGGCCGCGGAUACGCCUCUAGUUGACCUUCUUGUCACAAUUUUGCGUCUGCUUACCGCCGCUGUCUACCAGUCCGCGCCCGACAUUCUCGUUGUUUCAACUCUCAAAGGAGUACACUGUGUCCUCGCCCGUCUUUUACCUAAUCCAGCUUUGCCUCCUAGGGUUGUUAAACAUGCCCUUGGUCUCCUAUAUGAGAUCUUGGUUGUUUCGCCUACGGAAGACCAACUUCUAGGCCUCUUGGACGUUCUUCCUUCGGCAACCGUUGAUCUUCGAAUCGAAGUACUGCGGCUUCUCUGUAACGUUCUACGUGAUUCCCAUCGGUGCAGAACCAUCUUUCGCAAAUGCAACGGCUCCGUGCGAAUCAUUCACCAACUUGUUCUUCUCAAUGGUUGCCUAUUACCCAGUGACGAAGCGGAGGCAAUUUUGGGGAUGGAUAAGAAAUGCCAGCUGACUUUGCUCAUUAAGGGUGUCAUCGCAGUGCUCACAAUUGCCAUGAAGUUCGAACCGGCUAGUGCCAAACAUUUUGUUGUUGAGUUGCAAUUUGAGAGCUUGGAACAGGCUCUCCGUCUUUUGGGCUGCUUCAAUAAGGAGACGGCUAUAUUUUCGGCCCCAACAAGCAGUGUUUUACCUAAAUGCCAACCUUCGUCCCUCGAUGAUUCCACCGUUACCUCCAACAGUGGUGAUGCAGCGGGUGAAAUCAGCCCUAAUCUCGACAACCACUUGCUGGCGACUUUUCGAGCGGCCUUCCUGGAACCAUCGGCUUUGGAACAGACGACAAAAAUGGAUCAGUUUGCCGACAUUCCAACGGUUCUUCUUGAUGUUUGCCUCAUCUUUCGCUACCUCAUUGGCAUGGCGCUGGACGAGUUUGACAGGCAAGACAUUGCACUGCCUAUUGCUUUAUCUUGCUGUAGAAAUUCCCUGGACGCAGAUACAAAUGCGCUUGAUAGUGAGACAAACGGAUCCAGUGGACGCCUGUUCUCCACUCCUCCCUCCAUUGUUCAUACUGGAGCCGUUCUUACUAUUUUGAGGCUUAUUCCUGCUAUAGUACAGGUUCAAGGGUAUAAGGCGGCCACUCUGAAUUUGCAGUACUUCAGUCUGGAACUCCUCAACGCUGUAGUCGAGUCGGAACGGAGUCAGCAGCUUCUUUGCGGCGGAGGCAUCACCGACCCUGGCGUAGGUAGCAUGGGCAUGCCACGCGCCCUAUUGGUACACUUUCGACCUGCACUGGCCUCCUCUCAACAUCCCCUUCAUGGACCUGUUGCUGCUCUCUUUUCCCUUCUUGCUGCUCAAUCCCUCACACCUCGAGACUUUCGGGAUUUUCUACGUCUCUCUGGUCAGUUUUGUGAGCAUCAGCAAUCGUCUAACGGCACCUGUAUGAAGGUUUUCACCAACUCUGAAUCAAAACCUGAUGACGACGCCAGUACGGCAUUGGGAGGCAGUAAAGCUGAGGAUCUUCCACUUCUUCAUCUCCCUGCACUGCCUGCUAUCACCGAUCUUCUCGAACAAAUUGUAUGGCGACAGCGUGGGGGUGCAAACCGGUACACAACCACUACUGCCUCUUCUGUAACGGCCACCGGGGUUACAUGUCUACCAGCCUUUGUGGAGUUCAACAUGUCAAUGGAGGGUUUCGCGUGUCUCUUCCUACCAUCUCUUGCGCCUCAACAUAUUGUCACACCAGUGAAAUCAUUUGGUGGUGACGGGGCGACUGGUGGAGCAAGUUCAACUUGUGCUGGUGGAGUAGGAGUUGGUGAGCGCGCGUUUCCUCCCACUAACGGAAUCACCUAUUGCUCCUGGGUCUGCGUAAAUAACUUUGGAACACCUCCAUUGGACUCCGUUGUGUCGCAUCCAGUGCGUCUUUUGACAGUCUUCAAAGGUGUCCAAGGCACAAAUGAACAACUUAUAUGCCUCUCAAUCCAUUUAGACCCACAGUCUCGGUCACUUGUCGUCUCUUCCAAAGAGCGUCUGCUUCCGACAGGCAUACGCUGGCAUCAGUCAAAAUUUAAAAAUCUUUAUUAUUUAACAUCCUAUCUGCCUCUUUUCCAUGUAGAGGGUGUCAACCAUCGCUCGAAAGACAUUGCUCUGGACCCGUCCAACUUAACAGGUGACGACGCUCACACUGUUGUGUUCACUACAAGCGGUGUCUCCACCUGGACCACCAACGUAUGGCGCCAUGUAGCUCUAGUUUUUGCUCGGGCCAAUGUGGUGCGUACCAGUCUUUGCAGCUUCUAUCUCGAUGGCUCUCUUGUUGGCACCCAAAAGAUUCUCUUUGCUCCUCCUGGAUCGGCCACCGUCAACACCUCAGUGUGCGCGUUUGUGGGCACUCCGCCGUGCCAGUACCAGCCCUGCAGUCUACGUUGGCGUCAGGGUCCCUUCCAGUUAGUGGAAGAGCCUCUGACUGCUGGACAGGUUGCGCUCAUCGCCGCUCUCGGACCUGAAUAUAUCGGCAGCCUGCAGGCCCCGCCAGCACCCCCUAAUGGCCAAGAUAUCCUUCAACCGUUGUUUUCGGAAGAAAAGUUGAGUUUCGCAGCAUGCGGAAGCACCUAUGUGACGCUAACUAUCACUCGUAUUCGUCGAGUUUACAAUCCUACUGACGCAGCUCUGAUUUGCAAAGUGUUGCACAUGCCUCUUCGCGAGAAUCUCACACCCAUCCGUGUCCUACGCAACUUGGCCACCCAGCUGUCGGGAGCUGCCCGUAGUCUCGGCGCGGUACUAGUAGGGUACCAGGGAGUGCGUGUUUUCAGCCCCUGUGCUCUUGGAACCCUCCUCAGUGCUGUCGCCGAUCCUACUGGGCUGCUGCUCUCCUUUCUCGCGCUAGCUAAUACCCCAAUACAGCUAAGGAAUUCACUUCGUGCAAUAUUCUGUGUUAUCAGAGCUAGUUAUGUCACUGCCGCCGAGGUUCAACGUCUGCAUGGAUAUCAAUUAAUGGCAGGAAUUCUGCGAAAGAAGAAUCAAUUUCUCGAUAAAGAGAUUGUGGGUCUUGUAAUGAGAUUCACGCUCAAUCAACUGCUUCCUGCACCACCAUCCCAAACUUGGGUAAAUCAGCCUCCAAACUCACAGCAAACACACUUUGGUCUCAACGAGGACUCUUUUCGUGACCUCCUGUGUGAUCUAAAACUGUGGUUACGCCGACCUCUCCAUAACAAAGAAGACGCUACUGAUUAUGCUCUUGUCUCCCACCUCAUUGACCAGCUUGCCUCGCAUUUCACUUGGCUUUGUGAUGAUCAUGCAUCUGUAGAGGCUAAAGCAUCAGCAGAAAAGUGUGCCAAAUUGUUGAACGAUUGUCUGUUUGAUAGUCUCGUCUUUCUCAUUAUGGAUGCCGUCACCGAGGUAGAUAGCAGUAACCCAACUAGUGUCCACUUCGUCGAGCUGAUUGCCGCGUGCAUGCGCCUCUUUGGAAUCGUCCUGAUUACAACUCCUAACUAUGGGGUUCUUCAGCUUCUCAGUCAAUUUUUGAUUUGGACGUUACCAAGACAACAGACGAAGGGGAGUGACGAAAUCCCUGAUGAAACGGUGGCCUCGGUUGCACAAGAACGGUCCAUCCUGAUCUUUGUGAGGAACCAGUGUUUUCUGCUUCUCUCACAUCUCCUCUCUCAGCCGAAGUACAAGUGUUCAAAGCUCUGUGAUCGAAUGAUCAGCGUACUGGGCUUCGACUGGUUUCAUCUUUUUCUGUCUCCACACGUCAGUGAUGCCACCGCGGCUCAUGCCUUACGCGCCUUCUGUCUCGCCCUCCUCACUUUCUCUGGAGGUGAACAGAAGCUCUCUACCGAUCCCGAAUUAACUGAUUUCCCUGGGGUGGUAGCGUUUCGGAAGGAUCUCUUUAGUGGAGGAUGGAUGCGUGUUUCAACGAAACGUGGACAGAUAGGUGGGACUGCCACUGGAGGAAUUCCAUUUGCUUCAGCUCGACUUUCCUCAACGUACUCCAUUGAGGCGGUUCAGACCCGUGUGGAAAAUAAUGAUACCAAUGGACGGGUCAAUGGAUUUCUCGCUCUGUCGGCUCUCCUAGUGAACAAUGCUGGAAUGCCUGAGAUCUACGCCAUGUUAAUACAUCUUCUACUUGGCAUCCGAACGCCCUUUGUUCCUGCCUCCAUGUUCACUUUCGAUGAACUCUAUAACUACCUUGUUCACGUGAUCAUGAUGAGGAAGAAUACCGUUGGUCUGUGCGAUCAAAUCAUUCCUCCUGCAGAUUUCUUCCUUCAGAAAGUACCUUUACAUCCUCUCGAUACUUCAACUGGAUUGGUGGACUUUUUGGAAACCUCUGAAACUGUCAGCCCUCCUAAGGAUCUCACACAUCAAACAAUGCACAAUUCAAGUCUUUUUGACAGCAUCGCUUGUCCUGAGGCUGCCACAAUAAUUAUUUCGAUCCUCUCGGCUUUUAUGCGGGUAGUUAUUGAAUGUCUCACUAACUUGGUCAUCAGUUCAGCUCCUUCCAAACUUGCAUCAGCCACCCAGCACAUGCCGAUCGUCAUGUUACAGCUAUUCUCGUACCUAUACCAAUCCAAUUUCGGUUUUCAAACAGUCUGUCUCUCACCGGAAUUUUUAACUGGUCUAAUUGACCUGUUGGUCAUUAGCAGUGUCUCUCAGACAACAUACCAGACUCAAAAGUGCAGUUCAGAUGAGGUUUGCGAGUUUUCGUGGCAUCGAUUGGAUGAGCUAUUGUUGAGCUUUCUGCGAACCAUUGUCGUGGACAGCUUUUCGCUGCCUCCUACCGCCCAUCGACCCAUCCAUGUGGUCGACACGGUGUUGGAAGCUGAGCAUAGCAGCUGCUCUUCCAAGCAGCAACAUGAGAUUCAGACGAUGUUGAUGCGGAAUCUAAUGGAAUAUAUGCUAGCAAAAGACCUGCUUUCAGAGUCGUGUCUUCUUCUGCCCUCGAGAGGCUAUCCUCAACAUAUUCCUCAGAAUCUUGCCUAUUUCACAUGUCGAUUGGUGGACAAACUCUGGCAGGGCUGUUUCCUGGGUUCCAUCAGCGAAAUAAUUGACUUCAUUACUCAGCUCAUCCAAAUGCUUGAGGAGCAUCUACUGACUACGCUCCGAUCAAGUUGUUCACCACGUCAUUACCCUUUCCCUCAAUCUCCAUCUGCUCCGUCCCCGUCUCCGGGAGAUCCGAGCUUGACGCUCUCCCGUGCUUCUCUCUAUCGCAGCCUGAACCGCUCUGUUCUCUUCCAGCUUUCUCGUCCUGUUCUUAAACAAAAAGAUCAAAAACUGACUAUUUCUAUGCUCCAGCUUCUACUCUCUGAGGAGAGUCCUCUGAAUUCCUUCAUAUUUUCCUCCUUCAACUCCGCAGAUACUGAGUUUCCGAUAUGUCUGGCUCACUUACUUAUUCAACACGUCCAGAGGAACUACCAAGUGUGGGUAAAUUUGGACCUCGAGGAGCCUGAUGGUGUUGGCGCAACAGCACAGAAUGAAAUGCAUGAAUUAGAAAUGUCUGACUCAGGCCUGUAUAGGACGGCCUUUGAUACGGAUGACUUUGAAACAGACGAUGAUGAGGAGAAGGCUCUUUUGAGUAGCUCCCCUCCACAGCAGCCCCAAGGGCAGCAACGGCACCAACACGAAGUUGGGGAGCAAGAAGACCUACCAGCCCAACAGGAGGAGUUCGAGCAGUUAGCAACUCUGGCUCUAAAACUAUGGGAACAUUGUUAUAUAUGGAAUCAAAAGGUUUUUGUGGCUCUUCUUCCAAAUUCUCAAUUAUCCCAGCUAGCUGGAAUUCCCUCUCUGUUAGAAUGGUCUGCCACUCUUGAAGGACCUUGCAUAAUGAAAUGGACUACAUACGUCGAUGCGGAGGCCACAGGCUGUGGUGGUAUUGUUUCUCAAAACGCUGCAACCACUCCUACAUCUCAGUGGGGUCUUCUCUCUAUGUAUGGUCCUUCCACAAUCGAACGCCAACUCGAGUCGACUAACAGCAAAGUCACAGGGGCUGAUCAACCAUCCACCCCACCUAAAGCUCCUACUAGGGGGCUCUCUCAUCAGAUAUCUAAGAAGCUCGGUCGAAUGAGUGCCAGCGUCCUACGAAUGGCAUCCAACGCUGCUGCCGCUAGUGCCGGGGGCAGCGUAUCGACAACAGUAGCUGAAGUUGGCCCUGCCAAAUCGAUGGAGUCGCGAAGAAAUGGACGCCAAUUCGGCCUCUUGGAAUCUGUUGAUGCCUCGGGUUCAGUGACAACAGGUAGUACCAGUGUUGGUGGCGAUGGCGAUUGGGUGCUCGUGCCGAGAGUUCCCAUCGGUUUGCCGCUUUUGACCAAGAAAUCGAUCACUUUAUCCACCUUGAAGCGCAUUAGUAUGCAGGUUGAGAGUCCUCUAACUCUGGUAACAGAAUCUCUGGAAUGGGGUAAACAAAGUCAAGAAAGGGAUACGUCGUUUCUAUGGCGCCAAGUGGAGAUCGAAUGGAAUAAAGUGGAGGAUAAUCUUACUCAGGAACGCUCAAUUUGGGGCCCCAUGUGCGCCGACGAUGAUGUGGUAAAGUGGAAACUGGAUCCCACUGAAGGGCCCUGUCGGAUGCGAAAAAGGAUGCUGCCAAACCCGAAUUUCUAUCGACACUACCCAACUAUUAGUCGAACUACUCGAGCUGUGAAUGACGAUGUGAACGCUUCUCCAGUCAAUGAGGAAAGUGGAAGUGUUCAGACACCUGCCAUCGCAACAAGACGCAGUUUUAUUGCAUCCCAGAGUCUGGGAGCGCGAUUUCGCUACCGCAGAAGACGACUUUUACGAGGCUCCGAAACCUCGAAGAAUUUGAAGGAGGAGGAAGUGGGUGUUGUUGAACCAUCUAGCGCCACCACUGAUCCCAGUGGGGAAAGCUUAACCUUCUCUGACAUUGCCGAAUCAGAAGACACCCUGAUUCGUACCAGUCGCCUCCUUCGCGACAGUAAAGGCAAUACCUCUCGCGGUGUUAGUUUCGUAGAUUCUAGUAGUGAGGCGCUUUGCGAUACCUCAGCUAAUUCUGUCGAAGUCGAAACCGUGGGAGAGGUGGACGAGGAGGAACGUGGUGAAGCAAUUGAAAUCUCCUCCACGGAGUCUCUUGACUUAACAUUGGAUGACCACUCACCUCAGUCGUUACCGCCACUUACACCUUUGCAGUCACAACAUUCUCAGCAACACCAUCCAUCUGGUGAUGGUGCUGCCAGACAGUCGUCUCCCUCAAAAUUGGCUUCUUCGUCUGCUCCUGAGGGUGGUUCUACGACUCUGGAUCAGCUCAAUGGUCACAUUGUUUUUAUGCGCCUCUUAGAACCAGUCGAAUGUCUCUCUUCUAUCUAUCGCUGUGCUCGAAUUUGCGGUCUGGAUGUGCAUGAAGGGCUUCUCCUCUUUGGAAAGAAUCACUUUUACGUGAUAGAUGGAUACACUCUCACCAACACUCAUGAAAUCGUUAGCAUUGAAGCUCUUCCUCCAGGGAUGCAACACAAACCAAUUGUUCCCACAGGAACUGAUACUGUCGCUAUGGCUGCCACAAAAACUAUACACGCUCAUUCAUCUUCAACUUACACCUCAGACCUGGUCAGUUCUGGCGCAGUAGACCAAAUUUCGGGAAACCAGUAUUUCAAGUUUGCUUAUGACAAGAUCCGCGAGGUGCAUCGCCGUCGAUACCUCCUACAACAGACUGCAUUGGAGGUAUUCAAUGCUGAUGGUCGGAAUUUCUUUCUGGUGUUUGCCAAGGACUUUCAAAGCAAAGUCUACGAAUGUUUUACGGCUGCCUCUUCAAGCAUCAGCACGAACCGAUUCGCUUCCCUUUAUUCUGCUCGAACGAAUUCGCAUUUGUUGAGCAGUUUACUUGGCGAAAAAACGGUUACUCAACGCUGGGUGCGUGGUGAGAUCAGCAAUUUCCAAUACCUGAUGUAUCUCAACACUCAGGCUGGUCGCUCCUACAACGAUUUAAUGCAGUACCCUGUAUUCCCUUGGGUGCUGGCUGACUACACGUCCCUACACCUAGACCUCUCCCGUCCCACUACCUUCCGAGACUUCACCAAACCUAUGGGAGCCCAGACUUUGGGUAGGCUGGCACAGUUCCAACGCCGUUUCAGGGAGUGGGAGGAUCCUUCUGGUGAGACCCCUCCCCAUCACUAUGGCACGCAUUACUCCUCUGCCAUGAUUGUUGCCUCCUAUCUCGUGCGCAUGGAGCCCUUUGCACAACAUUUUAUAAAACUUCAGGGUGGGCAUUUCGACUUGCCAGAUCGGAUGUUUCAUAGCGUGGAGGAGGCCUGGCUGAGCGCUAGCCAGCACAACAUGACAGACGUUCGCGAACUCAUCCCUGAGUUCUUUUAUCUACCUGACUUUCUAGUCAACUCAAAUCACUUUGACUUUGGGUGCAAACAGAAUGGUGUUCGGGUAGACCACGUUCUACUGCCGCCCUGGGCUAAAGGAGAUCCGCGCGAGUUUAUUCGGCAGCAUCGCGAAGCUUUGGAGAGUGAAUACGUAUCUGCUAAUCUACACCAUUGGAUAGAUCUCAUCUUCGGCUAUAAGCAGCGAGGCGAGCCAGCAGUACAAGCGGCCAAUGUCUUUCAUCACUUCUUUUACGAAGGAAAUGUUGACAUUUACGCCAUCGACGAUCCCGUGGAGCGUCGUGCUGUGGUUGGGUUCAUUAACAAUUUCGGUCAAAUUCCUCGACAAAUUUUCCGCAAACCUCAUCCAGCCAAGAAAAUGGCUGCUUUCCAGCCACCUUCACAUCCAAGCAUUCUUAUUCCUGCUGGUGGUGGAAAUAACGUCGGUUCCCUUCCAGAUUCAAGGGCUAGCAUAUCUCCGGCUUCAUCUGCCUUCUUCUUCCAUAAUCUGGAAAGCUUAAAGCCGAGUUUGGGUACUACCAGAGAACUACGGCACGCCGUGGGACAGAUCCUUCAGUUAGAGCCGGGAAACCUGAAAGGUUUCUCUUUUGGCAGUGGCAGUAGCAUCAUUACUGGUUGUGGUGGUGGUCUUGGUACCGCUGUUAGCACUCCAGGCCUUGGUAGUACCUCUCAGCUGACUUCCGGAGGCCUCUCGACCCUCAUUCUUCCAUCGAGUGGACUCUUUGGAAUUGGUGGGGGUGGUAGUGUUGUCGGCGGAGGGGGCGGUGGUAGUGGCAGUGGCAGUGGAGCUAGUGGAGAUUCUUCAGGACCUGGUGGUGCUGCGGCUGGUCCUAUUGUUGUGGUUGAACAAAAUAUGGUCCUCUUGCCACCAAACUUUACUCGUUAUCUGGCCUGGGGCUACCCAGAUGACAGUUUCCGCAUCUGCAGUCUUCUUGGGGACAAAGUGUUGCAGGUCUUUGAGAUGGUCAACUCUAGUCAGGUUCUCUGUGCUGCUGCUCCCAAUGCCUCCACCAUUGUUACCGCUGGGAUGACUGGGGUUGUUAAAGUGUGGCAACUACGUGGCCCCAAUGAAGAGCAAGGUAAACCCUUCUGUCCUUCUGACUGGAAUGCCUCUAUGGAGGGGCAUGGUUCUGGCGUUGUGUUCGGCACCACCGCGAGCAGUCUCCAAUUGACUGGAUGCCUCUACGGUCACACCGAUGUUGUUACUUGCCUCGCAGCCUCGGAUAGCUUUAACCUUAUUGUUAGUGGUGGUCGAGACUGCACUUGUAUUGUCUGGGACCUUCGCUACCUAAUAUUCCUCCGCCAGCUCGGCGCUGGUAGCGGUGGAGCCGCCUACAAGGCGCCUGUGGCUGCUGUCUGCAUUAGUGAGGCCACUGGGGACAUCGCAGUGUGCGCCGGUGCCUGGCUCUAUCUGUGGAGUAUCACUGGCGACCUGAUCGCAUGUCUUAACACCGCACCAGACCAGAGCAAUCAAAUAUACUGUGUUGCCAUGAGCACCCUUCGAGACUGGGAACCUGGUCACGUGGUCAUUACUGGCGGCUCAGAUGGUUUUGUGCGAAUGUGGGGACUGGACUACGUCUGCGAGGAGUCACCUGAUAGUACCACCUCGAAGAUCCCCUGUCCAUCUCUCACUUCCUCAGAUCGUUGUGGUGAGGCGACUCUUUUUGCAGUUCAGGUAAAGUGGCGACGCCAGCUGACCCUGAGGGCUGACUUCACUGUGCACACCGCUUUUGAUCGAUCUGACACGGCGCCCUUGCCUCUUAUGGCUCUGGCUAUCUCUCGCGACCAUCGCUCCGUUCUCGUCGGUGACGCCAAAGGCCGUGUUUUCGCCUGGUCCGUACCCGGUGGUGGAGGUAGUGGCUCGGGUUCUGAUGCCACAUCCGUCACUUCCAUUGGUGCUUCGUCUAAUGAGGAUCCUUCAUCUGGUGUUUGUGCCGCCCCCGCCUGUGGGACUCGUUUUUCGCUCACGGAGCGAAAACACCACUGUCGCAACUGUGGGAAGGCCUUUUGCUCCAGGUGCAGUCGUUUUGAAAGCGAAAUUCAUCCACUGCGUAUAUUCAGACCGGUUCGGGUUUGCAUUGAUUGCUAUGCCCUCUUGGCUGAACAACAGGGCCCAACAGGUCCGUGA